AACAAAUAGAAAAAAAACGAAGUCAAAUAAGAAAAUUUUAAAGAAAUUUUCUCAAUGUUUUUGGCAAUUUGAAUUGUUUUCCAUAAUUAAAUCUAACUGUUAUUAUUAAAAUUUCAAAACUUAUGGUGUCUUGUUUCAUGUUAUUGUAAAGAAGUUACAUAUUAUACAAAGAUUGUUAAUAAAAAAUGGAUGACAAUUUGUGGCUCAUAGAAUUGGAGUCUGCUCUAUUGGACGACUGCAAUGUCAAUGACAUUUAUGCGAUAUGCCAAGGUAAAGCAAUACCUGAGGCGCUUAGACCAGAUGUAUGGCAAGUGUGUCUGGAUGUAAGACACAAAAGUGACCAGAUGUCUCUGUUUAAUGAGAUUUACGACUUGCCUUUUCAAAACAAAUUACGUGAAGACUGCCACAAAAUGGUGGAACGUAUAGGCAAUGAUGACGAGGAUAAAGUCUCGGUUUUAUCGGAUCUAGAAUCAAUUUUAACAUUUUAUUGCAAAAAUCGUAAUCUUCAAUAUGAAAGCGACAAUGGUUGGAUUGAAUUGCUGCUGCCGUUGUUGGCCCUAAAACUAAAUCGUUCCGAUACCUACAAUCUCUUCGAAGCCAUACGUGACAACUAUAUACCCAAGGGCUGCAAACCAAAAGGAAAUGUUUUUCAUGUCUUUCGCUUGCUAAUACUUUAUCAUGAUCCAGAGUUAUGUACCAUGUUGGAUACCAAAAAGAUUUCACCCGACUUGUAUUCGCAGCAGUGGUUUCAAUGCAUAUUUGCCUCUAGCUGUGGUUUAUCCGUAAUACUUUCCAUGUGGGAUUUGUAUUUCCAACAUGCUGAUCCAUUUUUAGUAUUUUUCUUGGGUUUGAUUAUUCUUAUUAAUGGACGAGAUCAAAUUUUAGCCAUGAAAGAUGCUCCCAAAGAAAGUAUUAUUAAAUUUUUAUCCAAUAUGCCUUGUGCUUUGGAUACCGAUGAUGUAGUUGAUUUUUGCUCAUUGGCUCAAUACUAUUCAAUGAAAACACCCAGUUCAUUUAAAACUGAUUUCCUUAAGGCUUUGUAUGGUAAACAAAACGAAAAGAGAACCCAAGAGGAACCUUGUCUAGUGUCACAGGCACUAUGUCUUCCCGUUUCCGUUUAUGAAUUAGUAGAAAAUUCAUCGAUUGAUUUAACAUCACCGGAUGCUGUACGCUUCUUUUUAGUUGACUGUCGGCCAGCAGAUCAAUACAAUGCCGGCCAUCUUUCUACAGCUUUUCAUUUAGAUUGUAAUUUAAUGCUGCAAGAACCGGUAGCAUUUGCUACCGCCGUCCAAGGCUUGUUAUCAGCGCAACGUCAAUCUAUAGAGGCCAAUUCAAAUGCUGGUGGUGAGCAUUUAUGUUUUAUGGGCAGUGGUCGUGUUGAAGAGGAUCAGUAUACACAUAUGGUGGUAGCCUCAUUUCUACAAAAGAACACCCAAUAUGUGUCACUGCUUAGUGGUGGCUAUAAUGCUAUACACGACUAUUUUGGUGAUCAUAUGGCUGAUUGUCUAGAGGAUCAUGAUCCUAAAAAAUGUAUGGUAUGCUGUAAGAGUAGCUCUACAGAAAUACAGGGCGUACAAAUGAGAUCUAAGGCAGGACAAGCAAAAAGAGAUGCAAAUAGUAAACAAGGUUCUUCCUCGGAUUUCUUUAAUCGCUUCUCUCAAGUAAUGAAAUUGAAAUCGGCCGAAGUUAAAGGCAAACUAUUAGACAUUAUUGUGAAUCCUACAAAUGGUGCUAGUGCCACAACAGCCACCGGUGAGGCUGGUACUCAAGCAGCUGUACAACAACGUCAUGUCUCAGCAGCUGAUAGAAAUGGUAAACGUUAUCGCAACGUGGCACCUGUUUUCAGUAUUGAUGACGAACACGAUGGUGACUUAGAAGGAGGAAAUAAUAUACAAGACGACAACCGGGAUUCACCCGCAAAUGCAGCAACAAAAUUACCGGGUGAUGCUAAAGAAAUUGUUACCUUAAAUAACUAUUUAAAAUCUCCCGACAUUAUGAAUGCUUUCAAAUGUCAAGAAGUGCACAUCAAUGGCUAUAUGUAUGAUUCGCAUUUGAUUAUAACACCCACACAUUUGAUAGUGUUACGUGAAUUGGGCAAGGGUCAAGCACAGAUUAUAGUACGACGUCCUUUAGCGAGUAUUGUUAAAAUUACCGCCAAAAAAAGGCAUCGUGAUUUAAUCACAUUCAAAUACGGUUUUCCCGAUGGUGAUGGUCUUCUUAUAACCGAUAUGGAUCGUUUUCUAAUACCAAAUGCUAGUGAAGCUACAGCUAUAGUAUCUAAGCAUAUUGUUCAGACAUUGGAUGGUUCUAAAUUAACGUAAUUGUUGUGUAAUUUUACGUAGAUUUUUAGAAUAAAAGUAAAACAAAAUAUAUUAGAGCAAGAAAUCCAAAAA